UUGUCUAUAGGUGAAUGAGUGAGACUGACUUCAUCUCUGCUGAUAUGGCAGAGAUAAACCGCAUCCAUUAUGAGCUAGAAUAUACAGAGGGCAUCAGUCAACAGAUGCGGAUCCCAGAGAGGCUAAAGAUUUCCUCCAGCUCAUCAGAGGAACCGUCUGGUCCCCUUCUUGACGCAUCCCACAGUACUAUGAUGCAUGUGCCAGAAAGGAUUGUAAUUGCAGGAGAUAGCAAUGACACCCGCUUCGGGAGACCCAGAGAUCUGGAUUUGAUCCAGUCUACGCCACUAGAGACGGUUGAACUGAAGACCCCACCACGGGUUCUCACCCUCAAUGAUCAACCUCUGGACUUCCUCGAGCCAGAGCCAGUAGGCAACUCCACUGCCCAGCCAAGAGAUGAGAUGCGAUCUCACUUUAGGUCAAGAAGGGAGCGCUGUAGGAGUGAGAACUCAACAAUGCAUCGCAAUGGACAGAUAAACAAACAUGAUUUUGCAAGCCCGUCUCCAUCCCGUGUUCCUGUCCGUACUUGUCCCCCUCUCAUCAGCCCUGAGGACGGUCAAAACUUAAAUAGUGCCACUGGUGUCCUUGCCUACAUCAAGAACACGACUCGCAGGGCUUACCAACAGGUCCUGGAGGUGUUGGACGACAGCCACCGCAGUCGGACAGCUCUUGUGACUUUUGAUCUAGGUCUGGAGAACACUGCUGAUGAUGCUGUCUUAACAGACGCUGCCUCACUGCGACGACAGAUCAUCAAGCUGAAUCGAAGACUGCAGCUACUGGAGCACGAGAAUAAAGAGCGAGCCAAGCGGGAAAUGGUCAUGUACUCCCUCACUGUUGCGUUCUGGCUGGUCAACUCCUGGAUCUGGCUCCGUCGCUAAACACCCCUCUUCUCCACUCAUCCUUAGAGGGUCUAACAAAAUAAAAGACAGUUCGGUCACAUUGUAUAUUAGGUAUUUUCUCAUUCACAGACUUGUCUGUUAGUUAAGGGUCAAUAUAGUAAUAUAACAGUUGCACUACUUUCCAUAACAGGUCUAAUUAUGCUCUAAGAAAUGUGGUUAUUUUAAAUUUUUUGCAUACUGUUUUUGUAAUUGUUCUGUAUGAAUAGUUUGAUGGUCCAGUGCAACGUGAUGUAAAGAUGUAAAUGUUCGUAAUAUUUCAUUAGACAUUCCAUUUUUGUGAAUGCAUGAAAGUUUGUACUCAUUUUUCAGUUCAAAUAUUUUGAGUCAUUAUUUGUGCAAGAACAUAUUUAAAGUUGUGGGAUCACCAAAGAAUUAAAGUGUAAAAUGCAUAAA